CACCUGGCCAUUGUGCAGCGGGUCAACAAUGAGGGAGAAGGAGAUCCAUUCUAUGAAGUUCUGGGAAUUGUUACCUUAGAAGACGUGAUUGAAGAAAUCAUCAAAUCUGAGAUCCUAGAUGAAACAGAUUUAUACACUGAUAACAGAACGAAAAAGAAAGUGGCCCACCGUGAAAGAAAGCAAGAUUUUUCUGCCUUUAAGCAGACAGACAGCGAGAUGAAGGUUAAAAUAUCCCCGCAGCUUCUCCUGGCCAUGCACCGUUUCCUAGCAACAGAAGUAGAAGCAUUUAGCCCAUCCCAGAUGUCAGAGAAGAUCCUUCUAAGACUGCUAAAGCACCCCAAUGUCAUCCAGGAACUGAAGUAUGAUGAGAAGAACAAGAAAGCCCCAGAGUACUACCUCUACCAGCGAAACAAACCUGUAGACUACUUCGUUCUCAUUCUGCAGGGGAAAGUGGAAGUAGAAGCUGGGAAAGAAGGUAUGAAGUUUGAAGCAAGCGCUUUUUCAUACUAUGGUGUAAUGGCCCUUACCGCCUCUCCAGUUCCUUUGUCCCUGUCCCGUACCUUUGUUGUCAGCAGGACAGAGUUGUUAGCAGCAGGUUCUCCAGGUGAAAAUAAGUCACCUCCUCGCCCCUGUGGCCUGAAUCACUCAGACUCUCUCAGUCGAAGUGACCGGAUUGAUGCAAUAACACCCACGUUGGGGAGCAGCAACAACCAGCUCAAUUCUUCAUUCCUGCAAGUCUACAUCCCGGACUACUCGGUGCGAGCCCUUUCUGACCUGCAGUUUGUCAAGAUCUCCAGACAGCAAUACCAAAAUGCCUUGAUGGCAUCCCGGAUGGACAAAACUCCUCAGUCUUCAGACAGUGAAAACACUAAAAUUGAAUUGACUCUUACGGAGCUGCAUGAUGGGCUGCCAGACGAGACGGCCAACUUGCUCAAUGAACAGAACUGCGUAACGCACAGCAAGGCCAACCACAGCCUGCACAGCGAAGGCGCCAUCUAGGAGGGCCCAGUGGGCCCUCCUCGCCCAUCCCCCCAUGGCCUCUGUCUGACCAUUAGUGUGAGCUCGUCCGCCACGCUGCGCCCUGCAACAUUCUCAGACCAAAGACUGUCCGCUUCCUGGAAGCCACGGAGGAGGAUGGCGUGGGGAGGGAUGGAACUAGAAAUGCGACAUGGACAACUGGGGCAUGGCAUUCAAGAUCUCGGAGACAAACUUCUUCCGCCCAAAUAGAAUCAUGUUUAUUUUUUCAGCUCUACCUUUUAUCAUUACUCUCCUCCCUCGAUUUGCAUGAAGUUGAAAAUUGUUGCGAUUUAUUUUUUCAAAAGAUCAUGUUUUUUAAAAGUGUCUUUUGCAGAGUUUUAAGUUGUUCUGUCUGAACUCUGCUGUGAUCCCAUGAUGUGACCCUAACAGGAUGGACUUGCCCCUCAAGUGGCCUUCCUUGGCCCUUCCCGGGACACCCUUCCUCUGUGCCCCAGUGGGUGUCGCUGUCGAACUUGAUGGAUGAAUGAAGAAAACUGUGUCACUUCAGAACCUGCCAAGUCUGUCGUCACUGUGGGGCGUAGCCUGCAGAGGAACCUGCAGCUGCCCCUCUGCGCUCAGUGUUGUUUGGAGAAUUUACUGUUAAUUAUGCCCCUUUCCCUCAGGAAGGUUUAACAUUUGCUUGGGAAUAUGAUUUUGCUCUCACCCUAAGGAAUUUUUAUCACCAAAAUGAAUGUUAAUGAAUUUUAAACCCAUGGUUUAUCAUUGGCAAGAGCAAGUUGACUUCACCCUGACAUUCCUCCGGCCUGGGGUGUCAACUCAGCCAGCCCUCCCCGACCCUAGAGCACAGAGCACUGUCCCCACGCCCCAGUCCCUGGCCCUUGCUACCCCAAGAUGCUGCUAUACAGAUGCCAAAUGGAAACCUUCCACGGGCUUCUUGGUAAACGUGGUGUGGAGGUCCUGCUCCUCCCCUUCCCAGUGGGAUGUAUGUAGUUAUCAGAACAGGAGACGGACUCUGUACUCUAGAAGGCAUUUCUAGACCCAUGUUUUCAAAGGAGGGAACUUUGGGGAUUGCCAGUCCCUAUCCCUCCUUCCAGGGAGCCAACUGUCCCUCUUCUUCCCCUCUGUCUCUGGGCUGUGGGGCCCAGCAGUGGCAGCGUCCUCUGCCCGAAAUCUGCUGUGUCUCCUGCCUUAGAUGUGGUGACACCAGAGAUGCUGCCUGUACAGCCAGGGUCAGUUUGGCCCCAAACAGGGAUUCAGAAACCAAAUGUGUGUUGUGGCCAUUUCAUGUGUGCGUCUGUCUUAUUUAAUACCAAAUUCACCAUGAGUAGUGAAAUUCCUAUCAGCACGCGUUUCUUGAGUGACUGAAUGCUUAACGAGUGUCUCUGUUUUAAGUGGUAGUCAGGGGAUGUAUGUGUGUGUCUUGCCGGUGAUGUUCAUACGCUGAAGCGAAUUCCUCCUGACCAUGGUGUUUGGCAGGAUUUAUCACUACCCACUGCAGCUGGUCACUAGCAAGGAAGAGAGCAUCCUACACCUGGGCCUCCCGGGUGCAGGGAGGCACUAGGGCUUGGCAGUGGUCUCCUCCCUCCUCAGGUAGGAAGUCUGCUCACGCCAGGCUGGUCUCCUCUGUGGGGGUGACAUGUUGGGCUGGCCUCCUGGUGAGCAGCUUGGUGGCCCUGGAAACUUUAUUUUGUAGUAUGGGGCCUUGCAUAUGCUAGGCAAGUGCUCUACCUCUGAGCUACACCGCCCGCCCUUAAGUUUGGUGACUGUGGUGUCACAUGCAUUGACUCAGUGUUCCCCCGAGGUGGCAGUCCUGGAGCAUCUUCCUCAGAAGUUUCAGUGGCCCCAGUAGAGAGGAACUGGCCUCACUUGGAGGAGGGUCCUGGGGGUUCUCAGAGGGCCUAGUGGCUUGGGAUGGAGUGGGACCCCACACUGUGAGUAAACCCCUUUUUCAAUCUCAUCCAUCCAAGUUAAAAAGUGUAUUUGCUAAGAGGAAUCUGGCUGAUCACAACCCUAGCUUGAUGAGUGCGUAAAAAUGAGAGCUCCCUGUAACCGGCCCUGAAACCCGGGCCUGUCCAGGGCAGGAGUCUCUCCCCCAAGCAGCUAUUGCCCAGCCCAGAGAUGCUUGCCUUCACUGAGGGAGCCAGGUGGCUGAGCUGAGCUGAGGUUCUCUGGCCUCCAGGCACUGCCCUGUCAGCCUCUCAGGCCCAGAGCCACUGUCCGCACUGCUGUCCUGGGUGGCCUUGCUGGAAGGAGCCUCUAGAAUGAGUUGAAUGUUGGUCUUUUUCAGAGUCCCACUGCUCCUUCAGGGAUCCUAGAGAUCUGUAGAGGCUGAGAAGUACAGAGCACCAGCUGGUGUUUCUGUGACAUCAGGAGAAAUGGAAUUCCUUGAUGCUGUCCUGCCUGCUUCGUGUCAUGACUUCUUGCAGAAUAUUCUCUUACAAAGAGAAUGGUGGCGGGGAGGCUCUACAGUGGGGCUUAGAGCGACACGGUUCCUUUUCUAGGCCUCAAUUUGCCUUUGUAAAUGGACCCCUCAAACAGCCGGAGGAGAAACACUGGCUUCUCGGCAUUGGAAGGAGAAUGGCCUUGGCUAGGACAGCCUGGGCUGUUCGAGGCUGUAGAGCCCAUGUGUUGGGCCAGGAGAGACCAGUGGGUAGUUAAAAUUUCAGUGUGCAGAGACUCCUCCCUAGCAGCUCUGGCCAGUUUGUC